AUGUGUCCAUCCAACGACCCAGUUUCAGCCUAUGGCUUCACACCUGUUGUAUCUUCAGCUGCUGAACUUCUCGCGAUAGAUCCUCCAACAACACCUGCCCCCUUCAUUGCAGUGGCCGAAGUCCCAAUCCCAGAAACGCCACUCGCCCAGCGGAUCAAUGAGUAUGCAAAGUCGAAUCUCCUAGAGCCAACAUACAAUCAUUCCCUUCGAGUUUAUCAUUUCGGGCUUGCGAUCAAGCGGUAUAGGUUUCCCGACUGGGCCUUCACCGAUGAAACCUACUUCCUUGCCUGCCUGCUUCACGACAUCGGAACAACCCAAAAGAACUUGGAGUCCACUAGAAUGAGCUUCGAAUUUUUCGGAGGGUUGAAAGCACUGCAAGUUCUGCAGAACCUAAAGCCUUCCUUUGUAGGAGGCGCGGUCGCAGUCGCCCCGAAAGAUCAGGCAGAGAGCGUGGCAGAAGCAGUCAUCCGACAUCAAGACUUGUGCGAGAAAGGUAAAAUCACAACUCUUGGUCAAUUGCUUCAGCUGGCAACGAUCUUUGAUAACACUGGCUCCUAUGCGAAUCUCAUUCAUCCAUCCACAAUCCAAGAUGUGUCCAACCAUUUCCCUCGUCUGAAGUGGAGUUCGUGCUUCGCUGGUACCAUUCAUGAAGAGAAUCGGCUGAAGCCUUGGGCACACACAACGACACUUGACGUGCUCUUCCGCGUGGAUACAAACAAAAGAGUGGUCGCAUUGACGAUCGACGACGCGCCCUCUAUACACACACCUGCAAUUCUUCGUCUAUUGCAAUCGCACAAUGCAACUGCGACUUUCUUCCUGAUCGGAUCUCAAAUCCCAGGAAAUGAAUCUGUCUUGGCUGAUCUCGUACGAACUGGCAACGAACUCGCCAACCAUGCCAUGUAUGACGAGCCAUCGCGUGCACUCAGUGACGACGUCUUGGCAGAGCAGAUGAAAGUAGUCCAUGCCAGGAUCCAGGAAGCAUAUCUCGCCGCUGGUAAUACAGCACAGCCUGAGAAUUGGCUGUUUCGCCCUGGCUCGGGAUUUUUCAGCUCUCGGAUGAGAACUCUCGUAAAGGAGCUGGGCUAUCGAUUGGUACUCGGUGAUGUGUACCCGCAUGACCCGCAGGUGCCAUUUUGGAAAUUGAACGCGAGUCAUAUUUUGAGUAUGGUCAAGCCAGGGAGUAUUAUUAUCUGCCACGAUUGCAGAGAGUGGACGGUGCCUAUGUUACAGAAGGUGUUGCCGGAGUUGAGCCGCAGGGGGUACCGCGUUGUCACGGUCUCCGAGUUAUUGAAAGAGAUCGGCUCCUGA